AUGGGCCAGGUUGCGAGCAGAGCGGGCGAGGGCGAGUCGCUGUGCCUGCGCGACCAGACCCGAUUCUCGGUCGCUGCCUGCACCAUCUCCAACGCCCGCGGCCGCACGCUGCUGAACAUUUCGCCGAACGCGUUCCCCGCGACCCGAUACAGCCCGAAGCGAGAGCCGGGCGACGAGAGCGUCAUCGAGUACAUCCAGGAUCCAGAUGCACCGGCAAACACCGACGGGCCGCCGUCCUUCUUGAUCCGGUUGCCAAACGACGAGGAGCUUAGCUUCAACUUCACAUUCAUAGUGCGCCAGCAGCUGGCGGUGCCCUCGAACUAUGCGAGCGUGUCGCCAAACACGGCCGCGGCCACGGGCCUGGUUGACACGUUCAUAAAUGGCCUGACGUUUGUGUUUGCGUCGAGUUCCAGAGAACUCGACAAUCUCGUGACGCGGGAGUUUCACGCCAACCCCAACCUCCACAAGAACCCGCAGGUCGAGCUGGUCGGGGACUACACCACGGGCGGGAGUUCCUCGGUAUCGUUUCAGUGGGCUUGGAAGUUUACUCCCCCCAAGACCAACGAGUCGCGGGGCGGGGGAUGGCGCACCAGCUGCAGUUUUGUAGAGUACGAUCAGCGUGCGCACCGGUUGGAGACGCUUGCCGGCUUCGCGUUUUGGGUGCAGAGUAUCCCAAAGACCACCACACCGCGAUUUGAGCUGGGCGUGCCUCCGAGGCUGCGAGUGCCCUCGUCACAGUCGAUUGAUUCGCGAGUGAGCGACUCGGCAGACGAGAACCGCGACUGGGAUAACAUGCCCCCGCGGUCUCCCAUCUUCGAGGCGAUACCCGAGAAUGGCCUCAGUCUGGUCCAAACGCAGGCCACGGCGUUUACAACCGCAUCGGUCAAAGUCGAUGUCCUGCGCCCGGGAGAGGAUCUGAGCCAGACGGACGACGGGCCACUUUUCAGGGCGACGAUGAAGUCGCUGGAGCAAAAGACGGGAAACAUGCGUAUGCGUUGGAAGAAGGUACUGAAGCGAGCAGAGUCGGCAAUGGAGGCCCAAGUCAACUGCAACAACUCCAUGUCAGACCUCAUGGACGCUUUGAAAGAGGUCUCAACCUCGAACGCGAGCGCUGUGCAGCCUGCAAUCGACCACUACUUUGACAAAAUCGCAAAGGACAUUCUUGCAUAUGAGCGAUCGAACGCUACCAACAUUCAGAAGCUCAUCAUUGAUCCAAUAUAUAAGCUCUACAAUAUCGACAUCAAGCAGGCGGAGACCAAACGGAAGGAUUUUGAAGAAGAGAGCAAGGACUACUACCAGUAUCUCGGACGCUAUCUCGGACAACGGCAAGACUCGCUAAAGGAGAAGAAGCGCGCGGAGACGGACUCGAAAUACCAGGACAAGAGGCGAAAGUUUGAGCUGAAGCGGUUCGACUAUUCUUCCUUCAUGCAAGACCUGCACGGCGGGCGCAAGGACCAGGAAGUCUUGUCGCAUCUGACAAGAUACGCCGACACCCAAGCCAACAACUUCCUCUCCACCGCAAAGAUCAUCGAGACGAUGCUCCCCCAGUUGGAAGCGCUGAGCCAGGAGGUCAGAGAGGCAGACAAAGAGUUCCAACUCCAAAGAACGGGCAGAGAAGAAAAGAGAAGGGCACUGGAGAAAGACAGCAAGUCGUUUGAUGCACCUUUGCAGAAUGUCCCGGCCAUGGCAACCGCCAACGGAAGCACGCCAAGGGCGCCACCAAGCGCCGACGGCUCAGAACAUCCUGGGCGGAACCCCGACGUCACCAAAGCCACCGUGGCGGCUACAGCCCCUCAACCAGACAAGUUCAAGGGCAUCAGGGACUUGGAAGACCGGGCAUGUGUGAGCGAGCUGACGCCUGGCGCCCAUCGAAAGGAGGGUCUGUUGUGGGCCCUGAGCAGGCCGGGCAGUCAUGUCGAUCCCAAGGGCCUCAACAAGCAGGCGUGGCACAAGUUCUGGAUUGUAUUGGACCAGGGCAGGCUUUCCGAGUACACAAACUGGAAGCAGAGUCUCGAGCUCCACAUGGAUCCAAUAGAUCUGCGCAUGGCGUCGGUGCGCGAAGCACGUAACGCAGACAGGCGUUUCUGCUUCGAGGUCAUCACACCAAACUUCACUCGUGUGUACCAAGCCACGAACGAGGACGACCUGAGGUCGUGGAUAUCGGCUGUCAACAACGCUUUGCAGUCCGCCGUGGAAUCUGCACCAAAGAACGAUCGUCCAUCGACCGACUCGAUACCGGGCCAGGUUCGCCGAGACAUUGCAUCGGUGUUGACUGGCAAAAGCCCCUCUUUAUCGAGCAAGGGCAACAACUACGGCGCCAGAGCGCCAUCCAGGCACGCCACAGUCGGCGACAAGCCCGGCUACAGACGCGAGGAGCCUGCAGCCGAUGACGGCAAGCUUCUCAGGCAGGUGCGCGAAGCGGAUGCCGGGAACAGAGUAUGCGCGGAUUGCGGUUCCGAGUCCAAGGCCGACUGGGUGUCGAUCAACCUUGGAAUCGUCAUUUGCAUCGAGUGCAGUGGCAUUCACCGUUCCUUGGGCACUCACAUUACCAAGGUGCGGUCUUUGACGCUCGAUGUCAACUCAUUCACGCCCGAUAUCAUCGAAAUACUCUUGAAGAUUGGCAACCGUGUCAGUAACAUGAUCUGGGAAGCGAGACUCGAUCCUUCAAUCAAGCCGGGCCCGAUGUCAACAAGGGAGCAAAGACUGCGGUUCAUCACGGCCAAGUACUCCGACCGGGCAUUCGUCUCCCCCAUCUCGUCUGCCGUCUCCCAUUAUGGGACUCCAGACGAGACCUUGCUCGCCUCGGUCAAGAAGAACGACAUGCAGAACGUCUUGUACGCGCUUGCGUUACGAGCGAAUCCCAACUCCCGAGAUCGAUCGCGGGGGACGCAUGCCGUGUUCCUGGCUCUCGCGGCAGCUGAUCCUGCUUCUCCUGCCGCAGCGGCGUCGCCUGCAGCGUCGCCUGGUCGCGACGCACGACCGUCGACACCUCAGCCAACGCGCAAGCCCUUUCCGGUGGCUGAGCUCCUGCUACAGAAUGGAGCGGACCUGCCCAUAACAGCGGCGCCGAUUCCACUGAGCCCGUCGGCGCGCCAGUAUCUCGAAUUCAAAGCGGACCAGAAGGCAGGAAAACGGCUGGUGCCCGUGAUAGCUGGAGGCCAGCCGAACCCCAGCGGCGACGUUCUCCCCGCACUGCCACACAUCACAGCCGGCAACGGCAGCACGCCCUCGGAACGAGCGCGCGAGCGAGAAGCGCGACUGCAGAAGCGGGUGUCGGCCAGCGGAAGGUUGGUCAAGCACACGUUCCAGGAUCUCACCGAAGGUAAGCGUGGCUCAUAG